AUUCUUACUUACAUACGUACUCAUUCUGACAUGCAAGAAUUGAUGCACGAGUGCAAGAAAAGAGAACCAGUGAUAACCUCUAACCAAGAAAGACUAAAUAUGUAAGUAAAUUAGUGAGCACUGCGGAAUGACCGAAGUUAUUUUAGCCAAGUAAACGCUAAAAUCAUCAGCGGUAUGCCAUUGUUGCUAGCAAAUCAUCAGGCGAGUAUUGUUGCUGCUCAAGUGGCUUACGGUAUGUUACUGGAUUACAAUAAUCUUUACGUGAUGAAUAGAAUAAAUGCUGAUGAUGAGCACUGCUGCAAGUAUGCUGCUGAGUUGCCGACGCACCAGACGGUGGACAAUGCGAAAAUGUCCCUUCCGGCUGAGUCGAGGACGAACAUGUCCGCCGAGGCAUUUAGAUACCAGCAACAAUGUAACUCAUACUACCAUAACCAAGCGCAUAAACAACUCCUCAUGCAGCAACCGAUGCUGCCACAAAGCGGCGGCGGUCCAACACCAUUGCAGCAUUUGAAUAAUAUUUUUGGCUUAAAAGUUCCUUCCGCAACGCCCGCCUCGCUAAGGCUAUCAUCAGCCGAAAUGCUCGAUUCGAAUAGCUUGCAGUAUUUAGGCGCUGCCAUGGAGUCCGAGCGGGAACAGUACGAGAAACUUUGCUGUGAGCUCUAUGGUGAUAAGACACCACCACAAGUCUCCAAUUGUAACACUGAAGAACUGACACAACAGCAAAAGCAACAACACAAAUCUCGACUGUCAAUGCGUACAACUGACCUCAUUGCUGCUGGUCUGCCCACUCAGUUUAUUCAAGCGCCAACCGGUACUAUGUCAUCCACAUCGUCUACGUCGGCAACCACAACGAGUACGAAAGAGUCGGUGCUUUCAGCGCUGAUAUUUGACGGCGAUACGAAUAAUUCAUCAAUGAAUAUCAGUCCGCAGCACGCAGCUCUAUUAGCAGCGUCAGGUAUGGAAAGAAGGCACGCUACGCCGAAAUUGCCUGCAGCGACAACAAACGCGGCCGAAAAAGCCACCGUUGCAGCUAAAGCCAGGAGCCGAGCCAGAGAAUUAGCGGUAGCAGAAAAUCAAGAAUUGGUAGCAGUGGAGGCGGCAAUGACGAUACAGCCGACAGCGGUUCCCAGUCAAAAUAAGCAAACCAUAAGUGGCAUGAAAAACUUUGAUGAUAUCAAUUGUCUGACUCGAUCCCCUUCGCCCUUGCAAUAUGCUGCCUCUGACUGUGGGGAUAAUAAUUCGGUGACAGGGAAUUCCAGUGAUCGUUGCUUGUCUCCCCAAAGUCCGACAGCGUUUGCUACGCCACAGGAGGAGCACCAGCAACAUCAACUGCCCGCUCUCAGAUCCCAAUUGCUGGAUGUUUUGCACCGUGGUGACACAGCGUCGGAGAGCAAAUUCUCUGGCAGACAAAAAGUUGAUCCCAGCAGAGACUCAGAGUCGGGUGCUCUCAAUUUGACCAGCGAAAAUUCACGGCAAAGUCUGCAAUCACCUUCGCCGUCUUUGAAAUCGUUUCGCGCCUGUCGUUCGUCACCUGCAACAACUGCCGGCGAACCCGUUGGGCCCCCUAUGGCCAACAAUAUAUAUCCCAUGCCAAACUUCUCCUCACAACAGGCACAACUAGCUGUGGCGGCCAGUGCAAGUUUGGGUCUUGGCAGUCCGUUAUUUCCCCUCCCUCUCGGCACAUCCAUUUCUCCUCAAAACUUUACGCAGUUCCAGCAAGCAUUGCAGCAACAACAGACUGCUCUGCAUCAACAGUUCCAAAAUUAUAUCGAUAUAUUACGUAGCGGUUCCUUGGGUAUAUCGCCAGAUGAUCCGAGCAUGGCCACUCAAGUUGCCGCCGCACAGUUCCUAUUUCAUAGUCGCGUCCAAGCCCUCACUCAGGCAACGCAACAACUGCAGUCGCUUCAAAAGCAGCAAGAGUUGCAAAAACAACCGCACCUGCAACAACGCCAACAAAAAUUUGACGAAGCGACGAACUCUCGAAGUGUGCACACCUCAACACCCACUCAUACGCCAAUACAAAGUCCCGCUUCCUCUCCACUGCCGCUACAAACGAGUUUCAAUGUAAGCGCCCACAGUCAAAUAACACCGCCCAAUCCAGGGAGUAGUCUAAAGGUGAGCGGAAUUCUUACACCGAACACAAUCAGCGGUGCACCACAAACUCCCCAAAUGCUGAAGCAUGCUGGUGGGGUUCAACGUUUGGCCAGUGAACCGUCACCUGAAGAGACCACAGAUCUUGAGGAACUCGAGCAAUUCGCCAAAACAUUCAAGCAACGACGCAUAAAGUUGGGCUUCACGCAAGGCGAUGUGGGCUUGGCCAUGGGGAAGCUGUACGGGAAUGACUUCUCUCAAACAACAAUUUCGCGUUUUGAAGCUUUGAAUCUGAGUUUUAAGAAUAUGUGCAAGCUGAAGCCGCUGCUGCAGAAAUGGCUGGAGGAUGCAGAUCGAACAAUACAGGCGACAGGAGGAGUUUUCGAUCCUGCUGCUUUGCAAACAGUCAGCACACCCGAGGUUAUGGGCCGACGUCGGAAGAAGCGCACAUCUAUUGAAACCUCUAUACGAGGGGCGCUUGAGAAGGCCUUCAUGAUGAAUCAAAAGCCUACAAGUGAGGAGAUCAGCCAAUUGGCCGACCGUCUGUGCAUGGAAAAGGAAGUGGUGCGCGUUUGGUUCUGCAACCGACGGCAGAAGGAGAAGCGCAUAAAUCCCUCAAUGGACAGCCCAACCGGCGACAAUGGCAGUGAAUCACCCUACAUGAUGAUGCAGUAAGCCUCUCGAAUAAUGCAAAUAAGAAUUUUAGUGUAUGUAUGUGUACUAUAACUGUUUAGUAUUGAAUUAGGCAAUAGAGAUAAAUGAGCAGGUAUGUAUGUAUGUACUUAUGUAUGUAUAAUAUUUAAGUCUGGUGUAUGAAAGAAAAGUUUCAACAAACAUAAUUUGAAUAAGUAUUUGCAAUGGUGCGUCCAUUAAACAUAUACAUACAUACAUACAUACACCUACAUUGCUUGUAUUUCGAAUACUUGGGACUAACGAAGUAUUCCUUUGGUUAACUAAUUUGCAGCAAAACUGCAUUCCAACCAGUGUUGAAAACUAGUAACUACAAUAUUUUAUAGGUAAAUACCCAAAACCGUUUUAUAUGGAAAUACGCGUUUGUAUGUAUUAACUGAAUAACUGUAUUCCUUGUGUGCAACUUUAUUGAGAUAAGUGUCUCGUUUUACCUAUUGAUAGUUACUUGUAUAUAUGUCUGUCCUAAGUGUGUGUGUGUGUGAAAUUUUAGCUAGAUAGGCAAAUAGUAUUAAUAAACUUAUAGAAUUAGUGUAAGUAUUUUCAAUAAGAGCAAUCAGUGUUUGGCGUACUGCUAGUGGAAAUUUUUAAAAUAGAAACACACACACCUACAUACGAAAUUGUACUAAGUAAGCUGUUUGCAUGUGAAAAGUAAAAUUACUUUUUUAAAUUUAAACAUAAAACAUUACGUAGCUGGAGUGAACAGGGUAUGCACAUAUACUUAGGCAAGUACAUAUACAUAUAGGGAUGGCGUAACUGUAUUUAAUUACGAUACUUUUUAUGUAAACCGUAUUUUAAAUAAAAUCACUAUAGUCAAGAUAAACUUAGGAAGUGCAUACAUACACACACACAUUUGUAUGUUUUAAGUGAAUAACCUACAUUAAGUUAGUAACAUUUAGGGUAUUUAUUUGUUUUAAUACUGUGAUAAUAAGUAGUGGUUUAUUGAAAA